AUGCUAUCUACCUCUCCUACCCAGCCGGCCGACUCGGUCCGGGCACCUCCUCGUACUGGACUCCAGUCAUCAGCAGCGAGCGGAUUGCUGCAAAGUCUCUCUGCCACUGUUACUCCCGAAGCCCCCAAUUUGAAAAACCUCCGGCUCCGCGACAGGUCCCUGACUUCCCGAGGAUCAAGAAAGCGUCCGGCCAGCGUUUCAGACCAAGGAAAUCCCCCCUUUUGCCAUGAGGUCUUCAUGCGGACAAGGCCCAAGCCUACCCAUUACAUCCCAGACCUUCAUGCAGAUCGCGUACAUCAUGGCACCCACCCAGCUUAUGAUUUUGAUCCCACAGUGGUAGCAUUGUCCAGCAGGACCUCUCCUGCCCCAGUGGACUCUCCAGCGCCAGUCAACACCCUGUCCCUUCAACCAAAGACCCGGCGAAUCACUGAGGAGCAACUCAUCAAUGAAGUUCACGGAAUCUAUGCUGGCCUUGUCCUUGUGGAAAAGAAAUGCGUUGAGAUUGAUCAACAACAGGUCAAAAACAAGGGAAAUUUGAAUACUGAGCAAUGGCAGGCUCUUAUUGGUCUUCACAGAGCCUUGCUUCACGAGCAUCACGACUUUUUUCUGGCCUCACAGCAUCCCUCUGCCAGCCCGGCACUUCAAAGAUUAGCCAGCAAGUAUGCUAUGCCAGCCAGGAUGUGGACCCAUGGAAUUCAUUCUUUCUUGAAGUUCUUGAGACACAGACUCCCUGCUUCGCUGGACUACAUGCUGGCAUUCAUAUAUACUGCCUAUUCAAUGAUGACCCUACUGCUUGAGAGCGUUCCUAGCUUUGAGAAUACCUGGAUUGAAUGUCUUGGAGAUCUUGGCAGAUACAGAAUGGCACUUGAGGAAGUGAACCUGCAGGAUAGAGAGCAUCAUCUUGCUGUCUUGUCUAGGCCCAAUUUCCUCCAGCAGCUUUUCUUCUACACCAAAUCCCUGGUUUGCAUCCAGUCCUUUCCAAACACCAGGGAGAGCAUCCUGCUUCUUUUCAAGCCUCUUUUGGCCCAGGAAUCAAUUAGUGAUUACCCCCCAGCCAUGUUAUAUUUUGUCAAAGCACAUGGACACUGUUUUUGCCGGCUCUCUGUCCUCUCUUUUCUCUCUUGUGGCCAUGAGUUCAUGUCUCUUCUUGGAACCCAUAUUGGUCGGGUGGGUGCCAAAUGGCGGGAACAAGGUGUUUAUGUGGCCUCUGCUAAUAUUUCAGCCAUGCUAGAGUACGGCAGUGAGAGUAGUCCUAUUUUUGCUUUCUUUGCUCGAGCAGCGGAAUUCAAUGAGCCUCAAGCAAGGCGGAUUGAAGCUGCAAAAACACACUAUUCCCAGCUGUCUUCUGAUACCAAAAUUCCCUCUUGUCUUUCCCUCUCUGACCCUAGUGCUGUCUUUACUGAAGCUCUUUCCUAUGCCUCUUGCUUUGCCUUUCAUGUCCUCUCCUUCAUCCUCAAGCACAUUGGAGAUAAGAACAUACUCCCCCAUGUCCAUUCAGAGGUUCCCUGGCAAGCCCUGGCUACUUUCCUCAACACACUGAAUUGGCAAGGGGUAAAUGAACUCAGGCUGAAAAAUGACAAUUUCCCUGUGUCAGAAAGUGGUGAGAGUGGUGGCUACCGCCAUCUGCCAGAGGACUUUUUGAUGCGUGGCCAACUGUGGACUCAGCAGGGGAACUCGCGGUACAGUGAACCGUGGAAGAGCGUCCACAAAAGACGUCCUUGCACGGGAGUUGGAAAGAUGGCCGGGGAAGAUAUUUGUAACAGUCCCGCAAUUCGAGACAAAGUCCGCAGCUUUGCUCUUCAGCAGAAAGACCGAAUAGUGUUUCAGGAAUUGGAGUUCCAGCCGCGCGUGAAGUCAGAAGGAUUCUGGGCCCCAGAGAGAACAACCGCUGUCUGA